AUGACGCAACCCAAAUUCAUUUUACAUUGGUUGUCUCAAUCAAGAGCACAUAGAAUCGUAUGGUUAUUUGAAGAAUUGGAUUUGCCAUACGAGUUAAAGAUUUAUAAGAGAACAAAGGAAUAUCGUUCUCCUCCAGAAUUAAUCAAAUUACACCCAUUAGGUAGAUCACCCGUUCUUGAAAUUAUCGAGGAUAACAAAAGCAAAUAUAUUAUUGAAAGUGGUCAUAUCAUUCAAUAUUUAAUUGAAAAAUACGAUAGAGACGGUAAGCUCGUACCAAUCACAGAUGAUGAAAAAGAACAAGUUGGAUUUUAUUUGCACUUUGGAGAAGGUACUUUGCAACCUGAUUUGGUUUCCCUUUUAGUUAAUAAUACAGCUAAACAUAAGGCACCAUGGGGAUUUAAAUUUUUAGCUAGCCAAAUUACAAAUGGGAUCAAUAAGGGAUUUUACGAACCUCAUUUGUUGACUAAUUUAGAUUUCUUAGAAUCUAAAAUUAAAGCUCAACAUGAAUUAGGAAGUAAAUAUUUCGUCGGGCAUAAGCUUUCAGGAGCUGAUUUAAUAUUGUUAUUCCCGAUAUAUGCUAAUAUCUUUAGUGAUCCCAAAAGAGUACUGGAAAUGUUCAAGGCUUCUAAACCAAUUGAGAAGAUAUAUCCUCAUUUGUAUCAAUGGUCACAGGAUAUUAUUAAAGAACCAAAAUUGAUUAAGGCAAAUGAACUGAUAAGCACGUACGACAAAGAGGCAAAGCUAUAA